AUGGAUUAUGCCCCAGUAGCUCUCCAAGCAACUGAUGUUUUAGUGGACAAACAUUUUCAUAAAAUUCCUGACAAGGCAUUUAGGAAAGAAACUUACAAACCACGAGUUCCUUUUAAAAACAGCAGAAGAAGACGUAGGGAAGAGGAGGCACGAAGAAAUUCUCGUGAUCAAGGAGAAUAUCAAGACGAACGGAGAAAUUCAAAAGAUUCAAGAAAUCAAGAAGAUAGGAGUAGUGGAGUCCCAAGACAAGAAGAACCAUACCGGGAUCCAGAAAUCGAAGAAGCGGGCUACGAUUCCGAACCUGAUUAUACAUCUCGACAACGUGAAAGAAAUAGGCGGGAGAGGGAUUGGGAUUCAAGGGAGAGAGAGAGAGAUUUCAGAGAUAUACCGAGACAUAGUGGUGCAGGUAUAGGUGGAGGUAUAGGAUAUGGAUAUGGGAAUUCUUACGAAGAAUCCCAUCACUCCAAUGAUGCUGCACCACAUCCAAUUUAUAGUCAACAACCACCACAUUUACGACCUGAAUAUCUUCCUAAAUAUGUGGCUCCUUCACAAUUAGCAUCGGAUAAUCAAUAUCCACUCUGCAAACGAGACACACAACGCAGAGCCCGCCCAUUGCACAGUACCCAAUUGCAAACAGCCCACAGAACCAAAGAAUCCCACAUGGAAAAUAUAAAAGAUCGCGCGGAUAGAUACGGAUUAAAAAGUGAAGCUAAAGGUCUAUUUACGGAUUCUUCGAAGGGAUUAGCGGGUGGUGCGAUUGGGGCGUUGCUUGGGGGGUGGGCGGCGGAGAAAUUACAAGAGGCGCAGACGGGGAGGGAUAGGAAGGAUUUGGGGGAUAGGGGGAAGAUUUAUACGUUGAUUGGGGCGGCGGCGGGGGGGUUGGUGGUUAAUGCUGUGGUUGAGAGGUGGGAGGAUGGGAAGGGGGAGGGGAAAGGAAGGGGUGAGAAGGGGGAGAGGGAGAGAGAGAGGGAUGGGAGAAGUGAAUGCGGAAGAAGAGAUUCGGUUAGGAGUCGUAGGGAUAGGGAUGAUAGCUGGUAA